GCUCGGUAGGUGGUCUCGAAUCACACAGUGAUUCCGCUCAGUCUUUUCAUCCCAUCAGCCUUUUUUCUGCCAGUGCUCCAGGCCCCUCGCCACCGCCCCAAUGUACCUCGCCAUCAGAGCAGAGGCUGCCGCCCCGCCAGUAAAUCCGUUCAAGCUUUACCACUAUGACCCUAGCAUUGCCGGCGCCGUCGUCGUGCUUCUACUGUUCCUCGGCACCACAGCCCUGCAUUUCUGGCAGCUGUUUCGGGCUCGAUGUUGGUUCAUGCUGCCGCUGGCUAUUGGCGGUAUAUUCGAGUUUAUCGGAUACGCCGCUCGCGCAAAGUCAGGUGCCGAGAGCCCCAACUGGACGCUGGGCCCAUACAUCAUCCAGGCCAUCCUGCUUCUUGUCGCGCCGGCUCUGUUCGCUGCCACCAUCUACAUGCAGCUCGGCCGGAUCAUACUGCUCUUGCAUGGCGAGUCGCGGGCAUUGAUCAAGAAGAAGUGGUUGACCAAGAUCUUUGUCACAGGGGAUGUGCUGUCAUUCUUUUUGCAAGCAGGAGGUGGUGGAUAUCAGGCAACCGGGACGCUUGAAGCUCUCAACAACGGAGCAACGGUCAUCAUCGUGGGCCUGUUUGUGCAGCUCGUAUUUUUUGGUGUUUUCAUGGUCGUUGCUGUGGCCUUCAUCCUCUCCAUCCGGCGGGCGCCGACCUCGCAGUCACAGACACACUCGCGGGUCUGGCGACGCCAAAUGUUUGCCCUGUGCGUCGGCAGCGUACUCAUUAUGGUCCGCUCGGUUUUCCGCGCCAUCGAGUAUCUGCAAGGCUUCGACGGGUACCUUCUCAGUCACGAGGCGUACCUCUACGUCUUCGAUGCGGUGCUCAUGUUCCUGGUCAUGGUGCUCUUCAACUACAUUCAUCCAUCCGAAGUGGCGGACCUACUUACUCAGGAAAAUCGGGAAUGGAAGAUGGGAAUACUCCCCACAACCGGCACCAUACGCGCCCUGGAUUCCGAGUCCUGAUGAGUGAAGAUGCCUGACAACCUGUAGCAGGCUCGGGGAACUUUAGGCGAAGUCUGGC